AUGAAUCCUGCACUAUGGCACAAAGUAGCUGCAGUCUCUGGAGUGGCAGCUCUUGGGUUGGGCUCAUAUGGUGCCCAUGCUUUAAAGUUUAAACCCCAGAACCCAGUUUACAAAGAGGUUUGGCAAACGGCUUCUCUGUACCAUUUGGUUCACACAGCAGCUCUGCUUGCAGCCCCUCUUACCAAAAACCCAACUAUCUUUGGAGGCCUGUUAACUACUGGUAUACUGGCAUUCUCUGGAACGUGUUACACUGUAGCAUUACUCGAAGAUAGGACGUACAAUAAAUUGGCUCCUUUAGGUGGGGUUGCUUUCAUCGCUGCUUGGGCUAGCUUACUAUUCUAAGAAUUCUAGCUUCUCUGAUCGAGUCCCUGUAAAACUCAUUGUGCUCUUUCUCUUUUCCUUAGAACAUAAAUUUCAAUUUUGAGAUUAUGUUACUCCCAGUAUUAGUCGGCUCUCAGAGUCAUGUUGUCAAUGUGUUGUGUUACAUACUUGUAGGAUUCUUAUCAAUUUUCAAGUGUAGUGGGGAUGAAAGCCACAAAAUGGAUUUAUUAAUAACGGCAUAUUUGUAG